GUUUCCGGAGGUUAUACAGGCGUGUUGCAUUCUAAGUAUCCGGUUGGUUUCUGUGUUUUGUGACCUGUUAAAUAUUACCUUUCUGGCCUUCCACUCCUGUUGCUUUUUUGCAUUCUUAUUGGAGAGUGAUCGUUACUGCAUGUGAAUAAGGAAUCUGAUUCGACGAGUUUUUUGACAGUCGUCAGUUUACACUCGUGUGGACUUCGAGGUCUUGUCAAAGUGGUCCACCCAGAGCACCUUCCAAGGGUUUUGAUUUAUUUCCCUUCCGCGUUAAGCGUUGAAGACGAAACUUACCAUAAUUCAUUGUUUCAUAAAGCUUAAGUUGGGGUACAAAUGAGUAGUCAGCGUGGGUCAAGAAAAAGAAAUUACGAUGCACACACAGAGCCUAAUACAAGUUACCGAUCUGUCCCCGGGUCAGGAUGUGUUAUCAGCAAAUUGCUGCAGCUUCAAUCACCACCGUUGUCCCGGCACCAACUGAAACGACUGGAGGAGCACCGGUAUAACAGUGUUGGACGGUCCCUGCUAGAACCCCUUAUGCAAGGUUUCUGGGAAUGGUUAGUGGGAAGACUUCCUGUCUGGAUUGCUCCAAAUCUUAUCACCAUAGUUGGACUAGUCAUAAAUAUUUGCACGACUCUAAUAUUAGUGUAUUAUUGCCCUAGUGCAACAGAAGAGGCACCCAUGUGGGUAUACCUGAUAUGUGCCCUAGGUCUCUUCAUCUACCAGUCAUUGGAUGCAAUUGAUGGAAAGCAGGCACGAAGAACCAACAGCAGCUCUCCACUGGGGGAACUUUUUGAUCAUGGCUGUGAUUCGUUGUCUACCGUUUUCGUAGUCUUGGGGAUCUGCAUUGCUGUGCAGCUAGGGACAAAUCCUGACUGGAUGUUCUUCUGUUGUUUUGCUGGCAUGUUUAUGUUUUAUUGUGCUCACUGGCAGACCUACGUCUCUGGGAUACUGCGCUUUGGAUUAAUUGAUGUGACAGAAGUACAAAUCUUGAUAAUAUCUACGUAUUUGCUGGCCAUGAUUGGAGGAACAGAUUUGUGGGAGACCCGGGUUCCAGUGUUAAAUAUUCAAGCAAAGAUCAUCCCUGCUAUUUGUACUCUGGUUGGUUCGAUUUUCACUUGUGCAAAUUAUUUCCAAGUGAUCCUUACAGGAGGUGUUGGGAAGAAUGGUUCUACAAUUGCAGGAACAAGUGUUCUUUCACCAUUUCUACAUAUUGGAUCUUUAAUAAUAUUGGCCAUCAUGAUCUACAAGAAGUCUUCCGUUCAGAUUUUUGAAAAUCAUCCAUGUCUUUAUAUUCUUACUUUUGGAUGCGUUUCCGCAAAAAUAACAAACAAAUUGGUGGUUGCUCACAUGACAAAAAGUGAAAUGCAUUUGCACGAUUCUGCAUUCAUUGGACCUGGGCUUCUGUUUCUCAAUCAGUAUUUUAAUAGUUUUGUUGAUGAAUACAUUGUUCUCUGGAUUGCUUUGAUACUUUCAGUUUUUGACCUGUUCCGUUAUUGUGUCAGUGUCUGCAGUCAGAUAGCUUCCCACCUUCAUAUUCAUGUAUUCAAAAUCAACACGGAUGCAGCACACUUCACUGUGCAAGGACAAAAUCACCAUUGAUGAAUGAUUUAACUGUUGUCAUGAUGAACAUAACAAGAUGAAAGAAGUUUGGACAAGAAAGUGAACAUUUCCUCAAGAAGAGCAAAAGAAGAAAAACAUAAUAAAUGGAAAAUAUAUUAAGUUAUGUUAAUCAAUGCUAUGUAGUUUUUUUCACAGCCUUGGUUUGUGGUGAAACCAGCACUCCUGAAACAACUGUUUACAAUGGAGCUUGUUUUUUUUUUUUUGUUUUUUGCCCUUUUCAGUACUUCACUUAUCAGUACUAAUUAUUUUAACUGGAUCAUUUAUUUGCAGGAUCUGAGCAUGUCAAAGAAUUGUUUUACUUCCUAAUGUGACAGAAUUGUGGUAAGACCUAAGUAAAUUCAGCCAUACAGAUGCUUUUAAUGCUUUUGUCAGAACUAUUGUUUUCUGUUUUAUGAACUGGUGAUUUGAAUUUCAGUUGAGGUGACCUGUUGUAACUGGUAUGAAUGUGUUAGUUUCAGUGACUUUUGUUAAUUACAGGCUUAUUUUUCAACCCAAGGUUUUAAAUCAUUUUUUUAAUACUC